AUGCCUAAUAAACCUAAAUAUAACCUUGAUUUUUGCAGAAAAGCUUGCAUACAGUGCCACUGCAGUCAGGAGGAGCAUGUAUCCAACUCUGAUACAGAGGAUGACCGCAAGGUCGGAAGAUUGCUGGCAGAGUCCCGAUAUGCCCAUCUCACAACUAAGGUUAAGGGAGGAGACGGCACAAGGGUCUAUAAACGUAACCGCAUGAUCGUCACCAACCCAGUGGUCUCACGUAAAGACCCAACGUUCAACACAGUUACAUAUGACUGGGCCCCACCAGGCCUCACCCAGAAACUGGCGAUGCAGUACAUGGAGCUUCUCCCUGAAGAAAGGCGACCUGUGGCUGGCACAGCAGGAUCGUUGUAUCGCCAUAAGCAACUGAUAAGACAACUGCCUUCCUACGAUCACGACCCUGCAUUCUGCCACAGCCUGUCUGAGGUAGAGUUGAAAGCUAUGGCUCAGUUUGUGAAAUCCUUUAAGGAGGAAUCCUUAGGAGUAGGAGAGGUUGCGCUGCCUGGAGAAAAAUGUGCAGCAGUGAAGAAUGAAGAGGCCUCCCAAGAACAGCCAGAUCCUGAGACCACCACAAAUGGAACAGCACAGUCUCCUCUCAGCAAUAAGAGUGAAUAUCAUUGCAGUGGCUGUGGACAGUUGGCAGCUAUGGACAGCCCUGUGGUGUAUGCUGAUAGAGCCAGGUACACAAGACUGUGGCAUCCCAACUGCUUUGUGUGCUGUGAAUGUGGUGAGGCUCUGGUGGACUUGAUUUACUUUUGGAAAGAAGGAGCCCUGCUGUGUGGACGCCAUUACUGCCAGAGCAUCAGACCUCGCUGCCUGGGCUGUGAUGAGCUGAUCUUCUCAGAAAUGUUCCUUCAGGAGGCCGAUGGUCAUUUCUGGCAUAAGGAACACUUUUGCUGCUGGCUGUGUGGGCAGAAUCUCAGAGUUCAAUGUGGUUGUGACAAGAGGCAGUCAAAAUAGUUCAGAACAAAACAAUCAAAUACUCCAAAAUAGAAUGUUAAAAUGGUGUACUUAAAGACAAUAACAAUUUUACGCUAUUUUAACUUUUUUGUGGAAUUUUUGAAUUGCAUAUAGAAACUCAUACAAACCCUGUAUUGAAAUUGACAUGUAUUAUCCUCAAAAUCACAAAAUAUCAGCAUUUAUUGUAGGUCUAGGACCUAUUGAAUUGAAUAGACAAGUUUCCUGAUCUUUUGACAUGUAAAACAUCUUUGUAAUAAAAUGUAUGAAAACAGGCUGUACUUUGCAGAACUCAAAACUUCCCUGUUAGUCCAAAGACAGCUUUUCCUAAAAUUAGUUACACUUCCAGUUUUAACAGCGUAAUACAGAUGAAUACAUCAGCAUAAGACUGCACAGACACAGAUCAAUCCCUACUUUAUCGUCACCCACCCACCAAUGCAUUAUAAGACACGUGUCUUUAAACAGAGUUCAAAUUCCCAAUAUCUGUAUCCGACCAAUUCAGCCCACACUGUAAAAGAUUUAAACGUAAAAAAAAAAAUGAAACGCAUAGCAGCACAGGAUACCAAACAUUUAUCAUCAAUGGAUCAAAGACCAUUUGAAAAAAAAAAAACGGUUAAUGACUGGCAAAAACAGCUUUCAAACAAAAGCUAUAAAAUUGAAGUCAAGUACCCUACAUUUUUUUAAAGUUUUUUUUUUUUCUUAAUUGUUACUUUGCACAUAUUGUCUGGAUUAUCAUCAUAAAACAUUCUUUAUGAAUUUAAAUUUUUCAGCUCACGCUCUACUCUUCAGCACAGUGGUAACCCACAAACCUCAGAAAACACAAACCCUUUAAAUCCCAAAAGAACAUGAAACACUAAUAGAUCUGUCUAGAUCACAGAAUCUUCACUUAAUACAAACCAGUCUGACUUUAUUUCUUUCAUACAAAAUUUCUUAUUGAGAAUUAACUGAAAUUAAUAAAGUUUGAAGUCACCGUUGUGGAGAUUAGCAUUUGCUUGAGUUGUGCUCUUGACCCUUGAUGUUCAUUAUAGCUUUUUUUCUGGUUUAAUUUAAUAUAAACUUAAUUCAAAUAAAAUUAUGCAUUGCUACUUUGAAAGUUUACAAGUCUUUUUUGAGAGCAUGAUUUAGCCAAGCACAUUUAGAGUCACAGACAUCACGAAUCUGCAUAUGAAUCUCAACAAUGGUGACAAUUGAGAAAAUAUUCAUAUUAGCCCUGAUCAUCACAAAACAAGCUUUUUGUUGAUUGUCACCAUUGUUGAGAUACAUGUGCUGAUUCUUGAUGUUUGUGUGUCAAAAAGUCUCCUUUCAAGAUGCAUAAAAACAUUAAAAAUCUUUGGUCAUAUCAUCACAAGACUGCUGUAAAAAAAAGCACAAAUUAAAGCCAUUAUAUCCAACAAGAAUGGCUACUAUGAUGAUUAAAUUACCACCAACAAAUAACCAGCGUUAUCUGACCAGAUUUUCUCUCCCGAGUUUCACUAUAAUUAAUGUGCUUUAGAAACACAUAAUCACAACAACCACAGAAAAAAACAAAGUUAUAAAGUCAAGGGUCAAGAGCCCAACAAAAGCAAAUGCUUAUCUCCACAAUGGUGACUUCAAACUUUAUUAUUUUCAAUAAAACAUCAACAUCUGUUAAUUCUUAAUAAGAAGUUUAGUAUGAAAGAAAUAAUGUCAGUCUGGUUGGUAAUAAGUGGUUGGUAAAAAAUGACUUUGAUUAAAUAAUAUAUUUAAAUCAGAAACACAAAAUCCAAAAAUAUAGAUGUGUUUUUUAUGCUCAAAUAGAAUAUAUUUUGGUGAUGCCUUGACUUUACCAAAAGCAGGCUAGAGAAUGGCCUUUUAUUUAUAAAUUAUGAUGUUUUUAUGUAAAUAUCCUAUUAACAAUGUAAUUCCACCUGAUUAAAUGACAAAUUUCUCUCAUAGCAAAAAUAUUCAUGAUGUCAGCCUGCACUCAGGAGCUCAUUCAAAAGCUGUCUAAAAUGACAACUUUUUCUCACUCCUACGGCAUCCAGUACUGCUGCAUGUGCCAGAGCAUGGCUCAUCACUACACAGAUGAAAGAGCUUGAAAUCAGUGGUAUCAGUUUGUUAUCAGUAUACUGGCAAAAAAAAAAGCAUCCAAAUUUUUUUACCGUAAUACUAGUUUCUCUAAAUAUCUUGAUAAUGUUUCUAGCUAACAUGUCCAUAUCUAGCAAAAUGCUGCUUUGUAUGGUUAGCAUCUGCCUUAUUACAAAGAUGCUAUGAAAUUAUGCACCAAAACACAAUACAGUAUGAUUUGUCAACAACAGUUCCCCAUUUUUUAUUUUGAUUUCCAAACUAUGCAUAUUUAUAUGCUUACUUGCAAUUUAGUAUUUGCAUUUAGUAUUAUCACUAUGAGUAUAUUUGUGUUUCAGUGUCAUGGUAAAAUAAUAAAUAAUCUUAGACUGUGAGAAUAAAGUCAUAAUGUUAGGUGAAUAAUCCUACUAUGGUCUAUUGCAAGACUAAACUGUAAUAUUUUAAGAUUAGUGAUCUUUUUUAAUUAAACUGUAGUGUUCUGAAAUUGUAAAUGUAAUAAAAAACAAAUAAAAUGUAAAAAUUGUGUCAUCUGAUACCAUUAUAUUUAUUUUGGCUAAAUGUCCACUGUGUCAUGGUUUAAACAUGUAAAUAAUACAGCAUAUGUCACCUUAUUAUUUAUCAAUUACAGUAGGAUUGUGAUUUGGUGAUAGGUAACACGUAAGUAAUCAAAGCCUAAUUUGAAAAUGUCACUUAUGAAUGAACACUGACUUCAUUAAAGUUAAAAAGCUUAUUGAAUUAUGUAGAGUAUAAUGAAAAAGAGUGAGUUUGAUUACCUGCUUCUGAAACAGCGUUCAUUUUUCAGCUCAAUAUCAUAUGUGACCCUGGAGCACAAAACCAGUCUUAAGUCGCUGGGGUAUAUUUGUAACAAUAGCCAAAAAUACAUUGUAUGGGUCAAAAUGAUUGAUUUUUCUUUUAAGGCAAAAAUCAUUAGGAAAUUAAGUAAAGAUCAUGUUCCAUAAAGAUUUUGCAAAAUUCCUACUGUAAAUAUAUGAAAACUUAAGUUUUAAUUAGUAAAAUACAUUAUUAAGAACUUCAUCUGGACAACUUUAAAGGCCAUUUUCUCAAUAUUUUGAUUUUUUUGCACACUGAGAUUCCAGAUAUUCAAAUAGUUGCAUCUCGAUGAAAUAUUGUCCUGUUCUAACAAACCAUACAUCAAUGGAAAGCUUAUUUAUUCAGCUUCCAGAUGAUGUAUAAAUAUCAAUUUUGAGAAAUUGACCCUUAUGACUGGUUUUGUGAUACAGGUUACAUAUAUGUUGUUAGAGGUUAAGGGGUUUCCGAUGACAGCUCUGGUCAAAUACAUCCCUGUUGAAAAAACCAGCAUAUGCUGGUUAGGUAGAUUUUAAAGUUGAAGUGGUCCUUAACUGGUCAUAAGCUGGUUUAAGAUGGCUAAUUGGACCACCACAUGACCAGCUAAGGACCAGCUUAAACCAGCCAUCCAUGCUUCAAAACCUACCUCUAAAGGGAUUUGUUGGUUGUGUCCUGAAAGUACUAAAAAUAUAUAAUUUCCUUGUAUAUACUUUUUAGUUAAUUUCAAUAUAAAAAUAUUUACUACUGACACACUCAUAAAGACUCUUGUCACCAUUUCAUGUCAUAACAAUGUGCACCAUCAGUAACUAACACACAGCCUGUUUCCUAAUACUCCCAUUAAAUGCUACUAUUAUUUAUAUAAAUAUUAUUUAUUGAACAAUAAUAUCUAAUGAACAGUAAUAGCCAUUAUAAAAGUGUAAGAAAUUUGUACAAUAAGAAAUAUCACAAGUAAACAAUUUAGUCAAAAUGGCACUGAUUAAUAAAAUCAACCAUUAAAAAACACACAAAUCAAAUGUUAGAUCAGUCAUUUUCAAAACACUGAUUUCAGGUUAAAGGAGCAUGUCAUCUCAAUUCACAAAUCCUGAAAGAUAACAUGCAAUAGUAUUUGCAUGUCUGUGACAAAAUUGUGGCAGUUUUGGCUUUAUUUUUGAAACCAUGGAAGAAUGUUUAUUUUUUACAUUUAAAAUAAUUUUUUUUUUUUAAUGUGGCAUUAAAACACUUAAAUGUAUUAUGUAUUGAGACCCAAUAUGACAGUCCACAGAGUUUGGUCGAGUCAGUGGUUCUCAAUUCCCAUCCUGUGGACUCGCAGAACAGCACGUUUUGUUGGUCUCCCUUAUCUGUCAUAGUUUAGUUCAUGGCACUUCCUGCUAACAAGCUGAUGAACUGGAUCACUUGUGAAUAAGAGAGACAUCCAAAAUGUGCGUUGCUGUGAGUCCGCAAGACAGUAAUAGAGAUCCACUGGAUUUAGUUAACAUUGAGUGGUGAUGGAAUUGUUGAACUGUUGAAAAAGACAGAGGUUUUAAUGCUGCACUGUCAUUCUGCCCACACUUAGUUUCAAGGGCAUAUGCUACUGCAUACAUAAAUAUUACCAGUAGCUGCCAGAUACAAAAGCAAGAGCCUGUCAAGCUUAAGUACAUAGGUGAGAGUUCAUACAAAUAGUUCCUGCACUGAGGAAAUAAUUGUAAGAGCUUUUUAUUGUGAAUGUUUUUGUAAAUAUUAAAUUACUUAAAUGUAUAUGCUUUUGAUUGAAUCCAUAGGUGAGUGUACAUGAGUGUUUGAUGUUUAAUUUAAUGCAAGGUUUUCAAACUAAAGUAAUUGUGAGUUAAAAUGAUCAUCGAUCAAUAUAACUGCCAUUAUGAAAUGUGUCCUGUGACUUUGUUGAAAACCGCAUUUAACCAGUUCUAGUUACUUUUCCGGAAGCAAUUGUAUUGUUGUUUGUGCAGACGUUCUGACAAAAGUACUCUGAAAUGUCUUUCAUGAGAGAAUAUGCCUUUAUGGUAGCUAUUGUUUGUUCGUAUAGAGUUAAUGACUCAUUAAAAUCAGACCGAAGGUCAGUGACUAAACUGGAAGAGAGAAAAACAGAUUUGGGUAACCUAAUUUGGAAAAUGCCAUGCAAACUGGAAUGUCAACCUUUUGUAUCUCAGUUUAGCAAAUAGCUCUUUAAAAGGGUUCACAUUGCUCAAUGUAUUUUAAAAAGUCUCUCACAGCUUUUAAUCUCUUUUGUCUAAAUGCUUAAUCAGCAAUUGCUGCUUUUGUGUAGGUAUUCAGUCAGUUUGCUUGUGAAGUCCACGGGGAAUAAAGACUGGCUUAAAAAGA